UCAGCCUGUGGCGUAGACAGGUCGCUUGUGUAUCCCGGCGAGAGGCUCGGUGUGUUUAAGCGGUUUGUACGGACCGAGAACCCGGUGUGAAGAUGGAGGAACCCCCGGGGGAUGUGAACUCCAACCUCCUUAUCCGCAAGUCUACGGGGGACCCGAAGCUCGAUACCGCUGUGUGGCAGUGGCUGCAGUGGGACAGGAAUCCUAAAACUAAAGCCCAGAUAGAGAGCCUCUUACACGAUGGGAGGACCAAGGAGUUACGGGAACGCCUUUGCUGCCGGAUGUCGUUUGGCACCGCCGGCCUGCGCUCGGCUAUGGGUGCCGGCUUCAGCCACAUCAACGACCUGACGGUCAUACAGACGACGCAGGGAAUGUACCUAUACCUGGAGCGAUGCUUCCCUGACGCCAUGCAGAGGGGCGUUGUGGUCGGAUAUGAUACUCGUGGGCAAGCGACCAGCAACUGCAGCAGCAAGAGACUUGCUAAGCUCACUGCGGCCGUCCUCCUAAGCAAAGGCAUCCCGGUGUACCUCUUCUCCAAAUACGUCCCGACUCCCUUUGUGCCCUACGCCGUCAGAAAACUCAGGACUAUUGCCGGUGUUAUGAUAACGGCUUCUCAUAACCGCAAGGAGGACAAUGGUUACAAGGUUUAUUGGGAAAACGGAGCUCAGAUCACAUCUCCGCACGACAAGGAGAUCCUGAAGUGUGUGGACGAGAGCUCCGAGCCGUGGGAUGAUUCGUGGAGGGAGAAUCUGGCAGAGAGCAGCCCCCUUGUGAAAGACCCUUUGGAAAAUAUAACCAACAGCUACAUGCAGGAUCUGAGCAGCAUAUGUUUCAACAGAGAGUUAAAUAUGAAGACGCCGCUGAAAUUCGUGCACACGUCCUUUCACGGAGUCGGUCACGACUUUGUACAGUCUGCGUUCACCGUCUUCGGCUUUCGCCCGCCGAUUCCGGUCCCCGAGCAGAAAGACCCAGACCCAAACUUUUCAACAGUGAAAUGCCCAAACCCAGAGGAGGGGGAGUGUGUCCUGGAGCUGUCUCUAAGACUUGCCGAGGCGGAGGGAGCUAGGAUGGUAUUGGCAACAGAUCCAGAUGCUGAUAGACUGGCCGUCGCCGAGCUGCAAGACACAGGUCGCUGGAAAGUAUUCACCGGUAACGAACUGGCCGCGCUUCUGGGAUGGUGGCUGUUUUUCUGUUGGAAGAAGAAUUGCCCGAAGGGGUCAGAUGUUGAGGACGUUUACAUGCUGGCGACGACCGUCUCCUCAGUCAUUCUGCGAGCCGUCGCUGCAAAGGAAGGCUUUCACUUUGAAGAAACCUUGCCUGGAUUUAAAUGGAUUGGAAACAGAGUGAAAACUCUCCUGGAUAAUGGGAAAACAGUCCUGUUUGCAUUUGAAGAAUCCAUAGGCUUUAUGUGCGGGACGCAGGUGCUGGAUAAGGACGGAGUUAGCGCCGCGGCUGUGGUUGCUGAAAUGGCGGCCUAUCUGGACACCAAUGGUACAAGCCUGAUGCAGCAACUUAUCAAGAUAUACGAAAGAUAUGGUUACCAUAUUGCAAAAACCUCUUAUUUUCUUUGCUACGACCCGGCGACUAUCAAGAGGAUAUUUGAACGGCUGCGGAAUUACGGGUCCCCGAAGAAGUACCCCGAGUUCUGCGGACCGUACGGCGUCCUCCACGUCAGAGACGUAACCACGGGCUACGACAGCAGCCAGCUAAACAAGAAAUGUGUUCUUCCUGUGAGUAAGAACAGCCAGAUGAUAACCUUCACGUUCCAGAAUGGCUGCGUGGCUACCCUGAGGACCAGCGGCACAGAACCCAAGAUCAAGUAUUACGCUGAGAUGUGCGGCUCGCCGGGGCAGUGCGACAAGUCAUUUCUUGAAGAAGAGCUAAGAAGAGUCAUUGAUGUCCUAGUGGAGAAUUUCCUGGAGCCCAGCAAGAAUGGGCUGACAUGGCGCUCUGCGUAGACUCCACCGACACUCGAUGAAUUCGCCUUGCACUCCGAUAACCUUUAAAGAAAGGUGUCCGUCGUCGGAAUGGCACAAGACAUUACCAAAAAAUGCAAAACAGAGCAUUAUACAAUCAUUCAUGUUCCUCCACGACACCAUCACUCGU